AUGGAGAUAAUAAAAAACAGAAAUGGCUCUAAUAAAACACUCGAGAAAUUAAAAGAUUUUAUGAGAUCUCAAGACAACUUUGGUCACCCAAUAACUUUUAACUAUAAGUAAAGUUCAACAUUUAAAACUAAAUUUGGUGGAUUUCUCACGAUUGCCUUUAAAAUAGGUAUUCUCAUCUAUCUCGUAUUUGAGUUAAUAAAGGUUGUUGAUAGAAAAUACACCGUUACAAAUUCAAUGAUCAAGAGAAACCUAUUUGUUGAUACUAGAACUUAUACAAUUAAUUAGCAUGACUUUGACGUUGGAUUUAGCAUUUACGGUUUAUCUUAGGAGUAACUUACUAGUAUAGACAAUUAUGUUAAUAUCACCUUUGAAUAAGGAGAAUUCAAUUGGACUCCAGAUGGAAAAUCCUUUUCUUAUAAAUUGAAGUUGCUUGAGAUUGGUAAGUGCGGGAAGCAUAGAUUCAAAGGUGAAACAUUUUAAACUGAGAGUUUAGGUAUAACAUAAAAUUAUUUAUGCCCAGUAAACUAUAGCGCCUCAUUUCAAGGUAGUUUCACUACAAAAGACAUGCAGUUUUCAAGGCUGAAAAUAUCUAAAUGCAAUCAAACUAAUCUUAGUGCUAAAAAUUAAUCAGCAAGGUGUGCAGAUGAUAAUAGUAUGAGAAAAUUCCUUGAUUCAUUUCAAGUCAACAUGGUAGCAACUAAUCAGUUUAUAGAUAUCAAUGAGAAAUCUUCAAGCCCUAUAAAAACAGUGCUAAAGAAUUUUUAUUCAACAGGCUACCUCAAUAUGACUAUCUAAUAUUAGUUGAAAGUCGGUUAGAAUUUUCUCAUUACUUCCACAUCUUCGUUAUCUAAUUAAAUCAGUUAGUUGAAUGAGACUUACUACACAAUAAGGGAUGAUGUUAUGUAGAUAUCUUCAUCGCAAAUAAGCACAGAAUAAGUAUUAAUUUGUCUAAACAUGAUGAUUGACGAUAAUGUUUUGAGUACUAAUCUUGAACUUUAUACAAUAUCAGAUGCUCUUUCUAAUACAGGAGGAAUUAUAGGAAUUGUAACAAUCAUUAUACAAUUUCUGGUUUCAAAGACUCAAGAAAAUUUCUACUACCAAUAAUUGGCCCAGGAUAUUUUUCAAAUUAAUAAGCAAGAUUCAAUCUCUCUAACUGAUACAAGGAAUAAUAAAUUUUUUAAGAAAAGCAGUAUAAAGUUAAGAACAGUUAACGAAAAUAUAAUUUAGCCUGAAAACGUGUUUGGCAACUAUAAUAGAAUUUUGGGAAUCUUAAAAAGCAAAACGACAUUUAAGUUCUCCAAGAUAGGAUAUCUUUUGUAGAAGUUGAAUUGCUGUUAAGGGAAAAAAUUGGCUGAUUUAAAUAAUAAAAACUACUUGCUAUUCAAUCAAGCAAAAAAUAAAUUAAACACGAAAUUUGAGAUAGUUUAGAUUUUGAAAACUCAGGUGCUAGUAAGCCUAAUUAAAAAAAUAACUUUAUCAAAGUAUCAAAGAAAACUCAUUCCAUUUUUCAAGAAAUAAGUUCUCAAGAUAAAUUAAGACUAUGAUAUCUCAAAUCAUAUAAAGGAUCAUAAAAAUAUUAAAAAACUUUAUAUGGAGGAAAAUUGCAUUAAUUAAAGCUGGGAUUAAAUGACUAAAAAUAAAAGAAGAAAAGUGAAACUCUAUUUGGCAUAAAUACUUUUAAAUAAGAACGAAUCAUUGAUUGAUAAAAGAAUUUACAAAAAUCUUGACGAGAAAUAUAAGCCAACCGAUAACAUUUCAUAAGGCUCUACGACUAUGAAAGAUAGUAUUUUAAAAACAUUGAAUAAGGAAAUUUUAGUCAAAGGAAAAUCUAAAAAACAGUGUAAAAAGCUUUUAUUCGGACAAUAAUUUAAUGAGAUUAUUAAAGAAGAUGGAAUUGAUCUUGAAAAUAGUGAGAUUACACCUAAAUAAGAAUAGUCGAUUUAAAUAAUAGAGACAGAGAGAAUUUACAAAAGCUAAAUAAAUGAUCAUGAUUCAUAAAAUGAUUUUUCGUUUGAUGAAUACAUUGAAAAUGAAUUAUGA